CUACACAUCUGAUUCAAACUCAUCAAGCUUUGAUUAUUUGAAUCAACGUUUCACACAUUUUGGCAGACAGGAAUUCCAUUUAUAUCUUCUAAUCUCUGAAUAAUAUAAUUUCCCCCAAAAAAUGUAAUGAUAAACUAGUAGCGCUUCAUAUUCCUGAUUCAAACUACAAUGACGAUUCCUCUUGACUUUUCCCAUUCAAACUCAAAUUGUGGAACUGACUCUGAAGAUACUGGAUAAUUGCGUGAGUGUCAAAUGCCCUGUAGUCUGUCCCUUUAAAUGCUCCCAAAUCUUUAGCUCGGCAAUCAGUAGUUCUGUCAUCCUCAGGGACGGACCCAAUGUUACUGGUAGUGAGCAUGUCUGGAUGCUCCACUAUUCUGUGCUAAACUUAGCCCUGGCAAUACCUCCUCUCAUCACACUAACGUGCUUUUGGGUUACAAUGGAACCGGUGAAUGGUGUAGAGUUACCACCAAUGGAGCUGGAUUGCGAUAGGAACACUGGCCGAACAAGAUAAAAAUUCUUAGCUUCUGGAGCUCUUUUCUCUCUUUCAUUCUGUUACUCUACAUAUCACCUUGGCGUUCUUCUGUGUCACCAUGGGCAACUAUAGCUCUGCCCUCACCGCGGACAUUGAAGAUUUUGACGCUGUCGUUUCAGUCACUGAGACGCUGAAUCAAUUGGCAGCACACGUGGAAGACGAAAGGUUUCAGUCACAGAUUCUGUCAUUGGCUGCUCAGUCUAACCCGGAUUUACAGGAAGACGUACAGGUGGCCCCUACACAGGAGGGAGAGGCGAAAGAGGAGCUGGACCUCUCCUCUGUCAUAUCACACAUCAGCACCCAGACAGCACCUAUAAACACCCCUGUUUUACCUGUGAUUGAAAAGAAGCCUCACCGCCCUCCAAGGCACACAAGGCUCUCCUCUUCAUCAUCCACUGUUGCCAGUGUUCCCCACCCCUUCUCCACCCUCCUGCCUGGGGCUCUCUCUGCUAUCCUGCGUGUGACCCUGCCCCCUCACCUCACCUCUAACCCCAAGCCCAGGAGGGAGCCAAGUGCCCAGGGCCCACUGACCCUAGAACAGCUGCAGACAGAGCUCCGGGACCUGAGGGAUGAGGUAGAAAUGAUGAAGAGCCAGCACAACAAAGAGAUUCAACUGCUGAUGAAUGAGUUGGAUGAGGAGAAAAGGAUUCGUUUGUCAGUACAGAUGGAGGUGGCACAGAUGAAGAAGCACAAGUCCAAAUGAGCUGUAGGGCUCAAACAGCAUGACAUCCCCAACAAAGUUUGAACAAGCUGUAAUCUGUCUCAGCCUCUGUUUUGGUUUAAAGACUAUCAAUUGUUUGACCAGUUUGUUGUGAUCCGUUGGACAGGUGAUUGGAAAGAAGCCUCACCACCCUCCAAGGCCCACAAAAUGAAUUAUCAAUGAUUUAUGAAACUCAACAAACUAUAGUGAAUGUU